AUGGGUAUCUUCGGAAGGAAAAAGAAGGAUGAAUAUCGCCCUUUCUCUUACCACUCUUACUCCGCCCAGAAAGCUGCCGCCCAAGAACUAUGUGUGCAAUUAAACCAAGGGAGGAAACGCAUGCCCAUGAAAGCCAGAGAGAGGGGACCAGGCUACCAGUUCAAGUUUCGCGAUGCUAAUUACUUCGAGCAUUCCCUAUGUAUUGGCGAAGAUGGUAUGGCGUUACCAGUUGCUGAUUUGCAUAAAGUUGGUGACUAUAGAGGCGGCGGCAAUCAAGGAAUGGUAGGUGGCAGAAUGGAAGGAGUUGAUCCCUGGCCUGAGAUUAUGGCAAUGCGGAAAGGCCAGUUUCAACCACCUGGACAAAUGCAAAUACAACAGCAGAGGAUGGUGCAAGCGCAAAUGCAACAAGGUGUACAUCAGCGAAAACAACAGGAGAUACAAAUGGCACAGCAAAUGGCACAGCAAAUGGCACAGUACAACGAAAACAGACGAGGUCACGGCCAGCCCCAAGCUCACCCUCAUCAAACGCCGGCUCGAGAUCCCUACCGUCCGCCCUUCAGGAAUCCGUUCAAAGAAGCUCUGCCGUAA